ACUCAUGGACCAGAGGCGGACUGCAAGUCCUGUUUACCCGCGCAAAUGGAGUAGCGAAUCUAGCACCAUCGCCCCCGCUUCUUCAUCUCCGGCACGCUAUCACCACUCCCGUUCAUCCUCCACCACUGGCAUUUCCAACAUCAAGCGCACUCAAAACGUCGCCGCCAAAGCCGCCGCUCAGCGUCUAGCCCAGGUCAUGGCUUCUCGUGCCACCGACAUUGAUGCCGACGAUGACGACGAUGACGAUGACGAUGAUCUUGACUUCCGAUUUGCUCCUCCCUCCAUAAACAGGAGGCCUCCCGUUAAUGCUAACAAAGUUGCAACUACCGAUGCUACCAGACCUUCCAUUCCAUAUGCUACUAACAAUUAUAAGAUCACUGGAUCUCCUUCACCUACGCUAGCUAGGAACAGUGUAGAGGAAAGUCAGCCACCUCUUUCAACACCAUUGACUGGAAGGUCAUCAAAAUCAAAUAGCAUGCUGCCAUUGGUACCACCAAGCAAAACAUCUUUGAGGACCCCAAUGACUAUACCUCCUAUUGAUCCUCCUACCAAGAAGCAAAAAGACAAAAGAUUCCAGUUGGAAAUUGGUGAAAUUAACUUGAAAAGCACAGGAGAUGGGCGAGAGGCUUCUGCACUUCAUGAUGAACUUGAUAUGCUACAAGAAGAGAAUGAGAAUGUCCUUGAGAAGCUCAGGUUUGCUGAAGAAAGUUGUCAGGAUGCAGAGACGAGGGUUAAGGAGCUUGAGAAGCAGGUGGCUGCUCUCGGUGAAGGAAUAUCUUUGGAAGCAAAAUUGUUGAGCAGGAAGGAAGCUGCAUUGCGCCAAAGAGAGGCUGCACUUAAAGAGGSAAAAAAAGCUAAAGAUGGAGUAAAUGAAGAAGUUGUAUCACUUCGCUCCGAAGUUAAGAAAGCCAAAGAUGAGGCGACAGUUGUUAUGGACCAACUUCAGGGAAUCGAGUCUGAAGUUAAAGCUCUUCACUCAAUGACACAAAGGAUGGUUUUAACUCAGAGUGAGAUGGAGGAAGUGGUACUUAAGCGGUGUUGGCUUGCACGCUACUGGGGUUUAGCGGUGCGACAUGGUAUUUGCACUGAUAUUGCAGUGUCUAAGCAUGAGUACUGGUCAUCUUUGGCACCCCUUCCCUUCGAAGUUGUGGUUUCAGCCGGGCAGAAGGCAAAGGAAGAAUGCUGGGAACAAGGUGAUGGCAAUCUGGAAAGGAGGAGUAAGCUUGUCCAGGACUUGAAUGAUCUAACUAGUGAAGGGAAUAUCGAGAGUAUGCUCUCUGUCGAAAUGGGUUUGAAGGAGCUUGCUUGCUUGAAGGUUGAAGAUGGCAUCGUGCUUGCACUGGCUCAACUGCGGCGUCUGAGCUCUGCUCGACAGACUAUGUCAGAUGUCAAGUCCUCAGGUGACCCAAAGUUUAUGGAGGCAUUUGAACUGAGCCCAGAGGAGUCUGAAGAUGUUCUUUUCAAAGAGGUAUGAUUAUUGCUAGUAGCCACCUUAUCUAGCAUAUCAAAGAUGCUUAAAGAGUUUGAUUAACAGCAAUCCUUUUCUUUUCUUUAUUUAAAUAUUUAGUAAUC